AUGUCGUCCUACAGAUGCCCAUUCAUGUACACUACUGAACAAUUUUUCAGAACAAAGAAGACUUUCGAAGGUUCAGCGGCGAUGGCUGGAGCCAUUGCAUUUUUCUUGGUCGUCGCCAGAUUCUUUUGCUCAACACCAUCACCUUCUUAUCCCAGAAUCCUUUUCACUGCUCUGAUACUCGCCGCUAUCGAAGCUUUCACAGUGAAAAUCGACAACAUUGCUCUUCCAGUUGUGGGAUAUCUCCUUUUACAGUGA